GCCACACUCGCCGUGCAUUUAUAAUUCCCAAUCAACAUCUGGAAUGAUAACUUCUCCUAAAUCAAUUCGUCAUGUCUCAUCUGUGCACCCAGAGAGUUCUAUCUUCUAGAAUAAACCCAGUCAUUGGGAAAUUUCGGCUACGUAGCCCGAUAGCAUCAUGGACGACCUCGCGAUCUAACUUCUCGACAACCGCUCGGCAAUCGUUGAUGGAGUUGACAGGAUUCACCGAGGAGCAAUUAACCAUUCGGGAUGCGAUCUCGGCCAUUUGUGCCAGGUUUCCGAACACAUACUGGCAAGAAUGUGACCAAAAUGAAACCGAUCCGAAGGAGUUUCACGCCGCGCUAGCCAAGGAUGGAUGGCUAGGGAUCGCACUCCCCGAAGAGCUGGGGGGUGCUGGAUUAGGCAUUUCUGAAGCAACAAUGAUGAUGCAGACUAUUACGCAAUCCGGUGCCGGAAUGGCCGGGGCACAAGCCAUUCAUGCAAAUGUAUAUGCCACACAGCCUCUGGCUAAGUUCGGUACCAAGCAACAACUAGAGGAAACCGUUCCUAACAUCAUUAACGGCACAUGGCGGACUUGCUUCGGUGUAACAGAACCCAACACAGGUUUGGAGACAUUAAAGUUGAAGACUCUUGCCACCAAAAACCCCGAAAAGGAUAUCUACUCAAUCUCCGGCCAGAAGAUCUGGAUCACUUGCGCGCAAGUUGCCUCCAAGAUGAUCCUGUUAGCCCGGACAACGCCUUUCGAGGAAGUACAAAAGUCAACUCAAGGCCUAUCAUUAUUCUGUAUUGACUUGGAUCGGAACCAAUCGGGGCUGGACAUGCGGAGGAUCAAGAAGAUGGGGGGCCGUGCGGUCGAUGCCAAUGAAGUGUUCUUCGAUAACUACCAGGUACCUACAAACACCCUUAUUGGCCGAGAAAAUGAGGGGUUCAAGAUCAUCCUCCACGGCAUGAAUGCGGAACGAUGCCUCUUGGCCGGCGAAGCGUUGGGUCUUGGAUACGCUGCCUUGGAACGUGCUGCCCAAUACGCGAGUGAGCGGGUGGUUUUUGGACGACCGAUCGGGCAAAAUCAGGGCAUUGCCCAUCCUUUGGCCGACGCAUAUAUGCAACUAGAAGCAGCGAAGCUGGCAACGUAUCACGCUGCUCGCUUGUACGAUGCCUCUAAGACGGAUGAUUCCAUUCCAUUCCAUUCUGUGGGCGUGGCAUGCAACAGUGCUAAAUAUCUUGCCGCGGAAGCGGCCUUCAAAGCAUGCGAGCGGGCGGUUCUGAGCCAUGGAGGAAUGGGCUAUGCAAUGGAAUAUGAUGUGGAGAGGUAUUUACGAGAGUGUCUGGUGCCGCGAAUUGCGCCAGUGAGUCGGGAGAUGAUCUUGAACUAUGUCAGUGAGAAGGUGCUUCGGCUGCCACGUAGUUACUAGUCCUAAAGCAUGAAUUCUAUAUCACGCCCGUUCAGACGCUAUUUUUAUCACAAUUGUACUUGUCUAUUGCGGCGGCAUGCUGUUCGGAAUCCAGCAUCUAAGAACGAUAUCAAGGACAUUGCAUUCCAACUCACAGAAAUAAUAAGACACUAUCAACUAUGAAUAACGAUCCCAAUAGACACGAUACUAGAUCGGACACUCUUACGGAGGAAAAGAUA